UAGAUCGAGUAUAUAUACGUCUUCGGCGUCGUAGCGCUUCCUCUUUCUUUCACGAGACCCUCGCUCUCGAUAUCACCGUGUCUUUAAACCAGCUGUGUAGCGAUCCUUGGAAGCACUGCAAAGAUGCCCAGGGAAGACAGGGCCACGUGGAAGUCCAACUAUUUUAUGAAAAUCAUCCAACUUCUGGAUGAUUAUCCGAAAUGCUUCAUCGUUGGGGCAGACAAUGUCGGCUCCAAGCAGAUGCAGACCAUCCGUCUGUCCCUGCGCGGAAAGGCUGUGGUGCUGAUGGGUAAAAACACCAUGAUGCGCAAAGCCAUCCGUGGCCACCUGGAGAACAAUCCUGCCCUGGAGAAGCUCCUGCCCCACAUUAAAGGAAAUGUGGGUUUUGUCUUCACCAAGGAGGAUUUGGCUGAAGUCAGGGAUUUGCUGCUGGAGAAUAAGGUCCCAGCAGCUGCCCGUGCUGGAGCUAUUGCCCCCUGUGAUGUGACUGUGCCUGCACAGAACACUGGGCUGGGUCCAGAGAAGACCUCUUUCUUCCAGGCUUUGGGAAUCACCACCAAGAUCUCAAGAGGAACCAUUGAAAUCUUGAGUGAUGUCAGUCUGAUCAAGACUAAUGACAAGGUUGGUGCCAGCGAGGCCACGCUGCUCAACAUGCUGAACAUCUCACCCUUCUCCUACGGACUCAUCAUCCAGCAGGUGUAUGACAAUGGAAGUGUCUACAGUCCUGAGGUGCUUGACAUCACAGAGGAUUGUCUACAUGCCAGAUUCCUGGAGGGUGUGAGGAACAUUGCAAGUGUUUGCCUGGAGAUUGGCUACCCCACCUUGGCCUCUAUCCCCCACUCCAUUAUCAAUGGCUACAAGAGAGUUCUGGCUGUUGCUGUGGAGACUAACUAUUCCUUCCCCAUGGCAGACAAGGUCAAGGCCUUCCUUGCUGACCCAUCUGCUUUCGCUGCUGUUGCUGCACCUGUAGCAGCUACAGAGUCUGCUGCUCCAGCUGCUGCUGCUAAGGAGGAGGUCAAGGAAGAGUCUGAGGAAUCAGACGAUGACAUGGGCUUUGGUCUGUUUGACUAGACAACAUACAGCAAACAACCAGAAUUGAGUCGAACACGAUCAUGAUUCAAUAAAAAGUAUCUCCAA